AUGGGUUUUAGUUUGGACGUUAAAUGCGUCGUGGCCUUGAUACUAGCAGUUUUUCUAAAUUAUUCGGUUCAUCAAUCGUGGAAAUUGCUGGCAGAUGUCGAGAAUGGUCCGGACUAUGGCCGCUUUCACAUCGGCUUCUGCUUCCAGUUUGGUUCAGACUCAUCAACGCCUUCGAAGAGUAAUGUAGAUGAGGCUGUCGCUUUGUUCGACCACAUGGUUCGGUCUCGUCCCUUGCCUUCCAUUGUCGAUUUUAAUAAAUUACUGGCUGCAAUCGCCAAAAUGAAACAGUAUGAUGUUGUGAUUUCUCUCUGCAAGAGAAUGGAAUUGCUCCGGGUUUCACAUGACGACUACACUUUGAGUAUUCUCAUCAACGCAUUCUGCCGCUCAGGUCAAGUGGUUUUGGGCCUUUCGGUUUUGGGGAAAAUCAUAAAAAAGGGUUAUAAGCCUCAUGUUAUCACGUUCAAUACCCUCAUCAAUGGAUUCUGUAUCCAAGGGAACCUUUCUGUGGCAUUAAGUUGGGUUGACCAAAUGGUACAAGAGGGAUAUAAACCUGAUGUUGUGACAUAUAACACUUUGGUCAAUGGACUUUGUCGGGAGGGGAGAGUUUCUGAAGCCGUGAGUUUAGUUGAUGAGAUGUUAAAGAUGGGGUAUCAACCAAAUGUAGUUACUUAUGGCGCUGUUGUCAAUGGGAUUUGCAAGUCGGGUGAUUGUGCUUUGGCAUUGAAUCUGCUCAUGAAGAUGGAGGAGAGGAACAUUGAGAUCAAUGUCAUAAUGUAUAAUACGAUCAUUGAUGGUCUUUGCAAAUGUGGACAUAUAGAUGUCGCAUUGAGCAUUUUCGAAAAGAUGGAUAGCAAAGGGAUUGCUCCAAAUGUUGUCACCUACAAUUGUUUGAUAAACGGCCUUUGCGUUUUCAACAGAUGGAACGAUGCUGUCCGAUUGUUGAAUGAUAUGGCCAAAAGAAAAAUCUUCUCUAAUGUUGUCACUUUCAAUAUAUUGAUCGAUGCAUUCGUUAAAGAGGGGAAGUUCCUGGAGGCCAAAGAAUUGUGCGAAGAGAUGAUCCGAAGAGGUUUAGUUCCGGAUACUAUUACUUAUAAUACACUGAUCGAUGGGUUGUGCAUGCAAAAUCGCCUUGAUGAGGCGAGACAAAUGAUCGAUUCUAUGAUUAACAAAGGAUGUUAUCCAAAUGCAGUGACUUUUAAUUGUCUUAUAAAUGGUUACUGCAAGUGUAAUAAGGUUGACGAGGGUAUGAAGCUCUUUCAUGAAAUGUCUCGAAGAGGGUUGGUCGGUGAUACAUGUACUCACAACACUCUCAUACAAGGAUUUUUCCGAGCAGUUGAUCCAACUGAAGAAAUCCCUCUUAAGGCAGUGAUUGAACUUUUCCCAAUUCCUCUGAGAAUUUGCCAAUGCCUCCAGCCUGAGUACAACGGAGAAUGUCAUUGA